ACUUUUUAAAACAGCCCCUUUACUUAAACUUUUUAGGCAGCUUCACAAGAAGCUUGACAUGCUAGUUUCUUAUACAAAUCUACUGAUCUUAUAACCAGAGCUCUUGGACAACUUUCAACAGAAAACACAGAAAAAUGAAAAACAGAGUACUCUGUUUUCUCAAUACUCUGUUUCUCUUCAUCCUCAGCUGCGAUUCUCAGGCCGUAAUAGAGCCAACCACUUCAGGCUACACUUGCAGUCUCAACCAGACAAUUAGUCCAUGCCAGACUUAUGUAUAUUACAGAGCUGCAUCUCCUGAUUAUCUUGAUUUAGCUUCUGUAGGUGAUCUUUUCUCCGUAAGCAGGCUGAUGAUCGCGAAUCCAAGUAAUAUAUCUUCGGUAUCUUCUCCUUUAGUACCUUCUCAAUCUCUGUUAGUUCCAAUUCAGUGUUCUUGCAAUAGAAUUAAUAGUAGCCUGUCAAUUUCUUAUGCUGGUCUAAAUUAUACCAUCAAAAAAGACAAUACAUUUUACUUGGUUUCGAGUAUUCAAUUCCAAAACCUCACCAGCUACCAAUCUGUGGAAGUUGUGAAUCCAAGCCUUGUUCCGACAAAUCUUUCCAUUGGUGAAAAUGUAAUAUUUCCGAUCUUUUGCAAGUGUCCGGACAAAGCACAAGUAGAGAAUCAAACAAAGUAUCUCAUCAGUUAUGUUUUUCAGCCUUUUGAUAACUUCUCCUCAAUAGCUAGAAAGUUUGGAUCAACUACUCAGGCUAUAAUUGAUGUAAAUGGGAACAAUAUCAAGACUUUUCAAACUGUUUUUGUUCCGGUUUCUCGACUGCCUGUUUUUACACAGCCUGUUGUUGCUGCUGCUGCUCCUACUGCUCCUGUUUCUGUUAAAACAGAGGAAAAUAAAGAUAAGGUUAGAGGACUAUCCGUCGGGCUCGGAAUUUGUGGUUUGUUACUGCUUUUGGUUUGUGGGCUGUGGGGUUAUAGAGAGACUUCAAUGAAGAAAAAGAGAGGAAAAUAUAAAGAUGAAGAGAAGCCUCAAGUGAUUCAGAAGAAGAAAGCAGUAGAUGUGGACUUGAUGGAUGAUGUUUCAGAUUGUUUGGAUAAGUACAGAGUUUUUGGUAUCGAUGAAUUGGUGGAAGCAACUGAGGGAUUUGAUGAGAAAUGGCAUGUUCAAGGAUCUGUGUACAAAGGGUAUAUCAAUGGGAUUUUGUAUGCAAUCAAGAAGAUGAAAUGGAAUGCCUGUGAAGAACUCAAGAUCUUGCAGAAGGUAAAUCAUGGGAAUUUGGUGAAGCUGGAGGGUUUUUGCAUAGACCCUGAAGAUGGAAACUGCUACUUGAUAUAUGAAUAUGUUGAAAAUGGUUCUCUGCAUUCAUGGUUGCAUAGCAGCCGUAGCGAGCAACUGACCUGGAAAAUGAGGUUGCGAGUCGCCAUUGAUGUGGCCAACGGACUCCAAUACAUUCAUGAGCAUACGCAGCCACGAGUCGUGCAUAAAGACAUCAAAAGCAGCAAUAUUCUCCUAGAUGGCCACAUGAGAGCCAAGAUUGCCAAUUUUGGACUAGCAAAAUCCGGUUGCAAUGCCAUAACAAUGCACAUUGUUGGAACUCAAGGUUACAUUGCUCCCGAAUAUCUAACUGAUGGUGUGGUUUCGACCAAAAUGGAUGUUUUCUCCUUCGGAGUGGUGUUACUUGAGUUGGUUUCCGGCAGAGAGGCAAUCAAUGAAGAAGGGAAGGUUCUAUGGUCGACGGUGGAUGGAAUUUUGGAGAAAAAAGAUGGAAAAAUGGAGAGAUUGAUCGAGUGGAUGGAUGACAGUCUUCGCACUGGGGAAUCGAAUUUACUGGACAGUGUAGCAAAUGUUGUAUCAGUGGCGAUUGCUUGUUUGCACAGAGAUCCUAGUCGGAGACCUAGCAUGGUGGACAUUGUGUAUGCAUUGUGCAAGAGUGAUGAUCUAUUUUCCGAUCUCUCACAAGAUUUUUCACCAGGAAUGAUUCUUGCUAGGUGAAAGGAAAGUGUUAUUUGCUUCUUAAUUUUGAGAACCUUGUUGAAAGUGUAGAUUUUGUAAGUCAUGAUUGGUCUUAGAAAUUGUGUGUAAAUUAACGGAACGUUAGAACACGUUUGAAAUCGUGCAUUUCAUUUCAAAUGUAUAGAUUUCAGAUGACACUACUUGCAUAAGUUGUAUUCUCAUUUCAGUAA